AUGGCGUUUACUCCAGCUCAGAUGUCUGCCAUUGUCAGUCUCUUCAAGGACACAGAGAAGUCAGAUAGUGAAGAUGACACACCGUCAUCAGAUACCCUAUCAAAACUAGGUCCAGGUAAUAUAGGACCAGCCAGGCAACUUAAUGAAGACACCACAGCUCCAGAGAGCAAAGAUAUUUGGUCAGCAGCAGAAGUGCCAGAAGGAUCAGAGUAUGACUCCUUGUAUGACCCCAGACCACAACCAGAGUAUGACAUUGUGUACAGUCAAGCAGUAAGAAGCGAAGAUGUCUUUCUCCAAAUGGGGAACAAAACCCCAAUGACGUCAAGCUGUGAAAAUAUAAUAAUAAAAAUAAAACUGCCAGAAACAAAGGUAGCAGAAGUUGAACUGGACAUCAAGCCAAAGUUCCUUGAUUGUAGAACACCCAAUUUUAAAUUAGGUUUACACCUACCCCAUCCUGUUGAUGAGAAAAGUGGAAAAGCUCAGUGGGAUGCCAAACAAGAGACGUUAAUUGUGACAUUGAAUUUGUGUAGAGAAUAUGAUAUAUUUAACUUCUAG